CGCUCCUACUUUCGAACUCUUCUUAUGUAUGGAUUCCACUUCCUUGUGUGGUUUCUCUGUGUCAAAGAGAUCAGGGACACACAGUGUGGAUUUAAACUCUUAACCAGAGAAGCUGCCUUGCGGACCUUCUCAACUCUUCAUAUAGAACGCUGGGCGUUUGAUGUGGAACUUCUUUAUAUAGCUCAGCGCUUGAAAAUACCUAUAGCAGAGGUUGCUGUCAACUGGACUGAAAUUGAAGGUUCUAAGCUAGUUCCUUUUUGGAGCUGGCUGCAGAUGGGCAUGGAUCUUCUUUUUAUACGACUGCGAUAUAUGACUGGUGCCUGGCAGCUUGAAACAAGAAAAUGUAAUUAG